CAGAAAGCUACUGGCUAAUGCUGCUAACAGGGAAGUAGCACAGCGUGCGGACGGGUAGCGUUGAACCUACGGAAGAAGAAGACUUUCUUGUUUGGAAAGCUUCCAGACUUGGAUCCGGAGGCCUCUGCCAUUUUUGCCUUGAGCUCAUCAUUUACUCAUGGCUGCAUCCCUGGUUUAGUUUUUUAUUUUUGUCUAAAUUAAGGAAGUGGAGGCCAAAGGACUAAGUUUUGGAUUGGAACUAGGAUUAGGACCUCUACAGCUAUUUGUGAAAGCAAGAAGUGAUCAACUCUACAGGUGCCACAUUCUGUGUCAGCAGAACCACUCCCUCAACCACCAUGUCGGAUGGCCGGAUCUAUGUGGGAAAUCUUCCCGUGGACGUCCAGGAGAGAGACAUUGAGGAUCUCUUCUACAAAUAUGGAAAAAUCCGUGACAUCGAAUUGAAGAACAAUAGAGGCACUAUUCCUUUUGCUUUCGUCAGAUUUGAAGAUCCACGGGAUGCAGACGAUGCAGUCUAUGGAAGGAAUGGAUAUGGUUAUGGAGACUCCAAGCUACGUGUGGAGUAUCCUCGAUCUUCUGGUGCUAAAUUUGGCCCUAUGGGAGGAGGUGGAGGAAGAGGAGGAGGAGGAGGAGGUGGUAGAGGAGGAGGAGAAGGAGGAGGUGGUGGAGGAGGAGGAGAAGGAGGACCUAGGGGAAGAUUUGGACCCCCAACUCGAAGAUCUGAAUUCCGGGUCAUAGUGACUGGCUUACCACCAACUGGGAGCUGGCAGGAUCUGAAGGAUCACAUGCGAGAGGCAGGGGACGUUUGCUUUGCAGAUGUGCAGCGUGAUGGAGAGGGCGUGGUGGAAUUUCUCCGUAGAGAGGACAUGGAGUACGCAUUACGCAGACUGGAUCGGACCGAGUUCCGGUCACAUCAAGGCGAGACUGCGUACAUCCGCGUCUAUGAGGAGAGGGGCACCCCUAACUGGAAUCGGUCGCGGUCUCGUUCCCGCUCCCGCUCCAGAUCUCGCUCCAGAUCCAGAUCCAGAGGUCGCUAUUCACCUCCCUUUCAUAACAGAGGAUCUCCCCCUGCACGCUACCAGUCGCCUCCACGCCAUACUAUGUCGCGCCAUAGUCCACCCCCCAGGAGGCACCCACCACAGAACCAUAGCCCACCACCACGUAAUUACCGGUAGAAAGGCCUGCCAGUUAUAGAGGAUUUGGGGAAAUGUUUUGUAAUUCUUGAUUUUUAUUUUUUUUACCCCAGGCCUCCUCGUAUGAUACAUCAUUGUUAUUUCUUGCUACAUACAUUCCAUUGUCACGAUCACCUGGACACACCGAUUUUCCCCACAGCCUUAAAUAUAGUUGUCUAUGUUCUGUAAACACCCGUAUGUGUUAUCUUGAAUCAGUCAAUUAGUUUUUUGUUCUUUUUAAUUUUUUUAUUUCUAUUUCUUCUUAUCGAUGUAAUUGUAUUUGAUUACAAUAUAACAUUUGGGAGGUUUCUUUUAUAAAGAAAUCCUGGGUUGUGAUGUCAAACCAUGUCCAAAACAAAUUACACAAUUCUGCAGCUAUCAGGUUUAGGGUCAUACUGCUUCUGAAAUUCUUAACAAGAUAUUCUUUACCAUGUGUCGCAUUCCUGUAGCUUUAAGUGUGCCGUUUUUUGCCAAUUUAAGAACCUGUGAAGCUAAUCAAUAUCAUCACGGGAUUCAUAACAUGUCAAAUUAGUCAGGCUUUUCGAGUAGUGACACGUGGACUGUGAGCCUCACUUGCCAGAUACCUUUUUUAUGUUUGAAUCUUUGACAGGUGGCCUGUAGGUCUUCAAUGUUUUUUGUUUACCAAUAAAAUGUAAACUUUUA